AUGGCUAUCAGACAGAACAAAGGUUUCUCUGCGAGCAAUAUAUUCAGGCAGGAGAUUUCUGGGUUUCCCGCCGAAUAUAAUAAGCUCGUUAUCGGCGUGAAAACUCAUGAAUCUAUGGAUAAGAAGCAACACAUAGCGAUAUUUACCACGGCAAGCCUUCCAUGGCUGACUGGGACCUCCGUCAAUCCUCUGUUCCGGGCGGCUUACCUGGCAAAAGACGACGAACGGAAAGUAACCUUGGUGAUACCCUGGUUGAAACUGAAGGAUCAAGAGCAUGUCUACCCGAACAAUAUAACCUUUAGCUCGCCGGCCGAACAGGAAAAGUAUGUCCGCCGGUGGCUCGAGGAAAGGACCGAUCUGAGAUCGAGUUUCGCUAUACGUUUCUAUCCUGGGAGAUUUUCUUUACACAAAAGGAGCAUUCUAGCGCUAGGCGACAUAACGGAAGUAAUUCCCGAUGAGGAAGCUGAUAUUGCCGUGCUGGAAGAGCCCGAGCAUCUUACAUGGUAUCAUCAUGGGAAGAGGUGGAAGAUUAAAUUUCGACUGGUUGACUCACCAUGUCGGUCACCCUCUUCAAACUCUAUUCGACUUCGGGACUAUCGGCAAUUCCUCCAAAUAGGUGUCGGACCCCCAACUUCACUGGCCACCGUUCCCGACGUCGUCCCUCCGACGUCACCUCGUCUCUCCGACAUGAUCGUAAACGUUGGAGUCAACCUCGGCACACUGUCAUCCGACCUCGGCGGCACCGACUCCGACGUCAUCAAAUAUCACCGACCUCGUUUUGCUGGAAAUUCAACUUCUGUGAUAAAGUCCUUUACAGACCGACAUCGACGAGCUGCACAAAACGAUCUCAAGCCAAAUCAGUCCCGACAUCAACAAAUUCAAGCCCGACCUCAAUUUCUCCAGAACAGACAUCUCGAUCCCCGACGUCGCCGCCCAGCUUCAUCUCAUUUAACCUCUAAUCUGGGGUACAUCUCCGAUUGCGGCUGCCAGAUUUUCCAUCUCCACAAAAGCCGAUCCACAACUUGUCGAUAA